UUCGCGGACAACCCUACGGCCCAAAAGUGUCGCAUAUUUGGCGAGUUCACCUUGGUCAGGGACAACGCCAACCAAUUGGCCACUGCUCUAGAACAAUCUGGACUGCCAGCCAAUUACGUGGCUGGACAACAAUUGCGCCAGUUCAAUCUGUCAGAAGUAGCAUGGCCAUUUUCGGAGGCAAUUGAGCUCACAGUAACGCCGGCUCGAGCCCUACGCUCUCACACAAGCAAACAACUAGACAUGGCGUCUAACCCACGGGGUGUGGCCAUCAUUAUUGUUACCGAACCCGACCUGUAUCUCGAGGCCGACCGAUUCGGGUCAAUUUUUCAGCAAUUACUAUUUACGCCGACUAUUCAUCGGGGGCUAACCCGUGACCAGAUUGUGGACGUGUUGACAGCUGUGGCCAAGUCUAAGGAGAAGUAUAAGGCCGACGCGUUUAUCAUGAUGUUUAUUGGUCACGGCGUUAACGAGAGUAUCAUCGGGUGCUCAGCGCAACCGCCGGCGCCGAGCGAUGAGCUGCCCAUCAGGGAUAUAGUGACAAUGUUUUCCGACCGUAAUAGCCGUGCGUUACGCCAAAAGACCAAACUCUUUGUAUUCAACUGUUGCCGCGAGAAAGAGGCGCAAGCGGCCAAAGUGAAGCCGGGUGCUAUUGCUGUUAACGUGGCAAACAAUAAAUGCGUAAAC